CCUCCCUAAACCUUUUAAACAACCGUUCCAGUUUGUUAAGAAAAAAAAACAUUUUUGAGCCAUGGAUAUGGAGAUUUCACAUGAAACAAACCACAAACAGCAUCAAAUAAAUCAAGAUUCAUCAAACACAGGACAACCCCAUGAAUCUUUAUACCUUGUAUUACCCUAUCUUCCACUUUUUGAGCUUCUUGCCAUGGCUCAAGUAUGUAAAUCCUUCAACAACGCUUUAAAAGAUGAUAUUUUGCCAUGGCUCAACAUCAUAGUGGAUGAAAAUCUUCAAAGAUCACGGAUUUCGGAUGAAAUUCUAGUCAAGAUUGCUUCAAAAGCAAUGGGUAGGCUUAGAACAUUGGUUCUUAAUAACUGUGGCAGAAUUACAAACGAUGGUGUUCAAACUGUGGUAGCCAUGAAUCCCAAUAUCGAAAAGCUACAUGUACCUCAAUGCACGAGUUUAACCCCCGAAGGGAUUAUCCAAGCAGUGACAACGUUAAACCAACACAGUGCAACCUUAAAGAGCCUAAAGAUAAACGGUAUCUACAACAUCACCAAAGACCACUUUCAAACGCUUUGUAUGUUGCUAAAAUCAAACGAAAUGCAACACAAGCGAUUCUAUCCCGACACUUCAAGACAAGAUUCCAUAGAUGUGGGAAUUUGUCCGAAAUGUGACCAAGUGAGAAUGGUGUUCGAUUGCCCUUUGGAGACAUGCGAGAGGAAGAAGACAAUUGGUGGAUGUCGAGGGUGUAAAUUUUGCAUUUUGAGGUGCGAAGAGUGUGGAAAAUGUGUAGAUGAAGAUGAUAGUGAAGCCGCUUGUGAAGAUACGUUGUGUCUAGAUUGUUGGAUUAAACUACCAAAAUGUGGUUUUUGUAAUAAGCCUUAUUGUAACAAGCAUGCAUACAAGCAAAGUGUUCUUCCCGAGUCCUCCGGUUUUGUAUGUGAGGCUUGUUAUUCAACAAUCGAUGAAAUUUGA